AACAGGCUUUGCAAUGAGUGGGUAUAUAUACAGACAUACCCAUUCCAUAUAAACCAUUAUUAUUCAAAUCAUUAUUUUUAGAAUAAAUAAAACCAUACUUCCAGCAGUUGAGUUAUUCUACAGAUUUCCAAGGAGAAUAUUUAAACUUAAUAUACAUCCCACAGGCUUAGUUAAAAUCGUCUGCUGUCUGAUUUGUUCAUAUGCAUGCACCGUUAACUUACCGUCACUAUUUCCAUCGGAUAAAUAAAGGAAUGGUUUGCGUUUUAUGUUGCUUUAAAUAUAGAUUAUUGUUAGACGCGACGUGCAGCUGCAGGGAUUCAGUUGAGGAUGUGAACAAACUGGGCAAUGAAAAACGAAAUUGCACAGAAGGAAAUGACAGUAGCUAAAUUCAGCCUGUUGGAAUAAAACGAGACUGCGUUCGCCUGGUGAGGUAAUUCAGAACUGUGUUCUUGUUAUAUUGAACAGCGGAAAAGUGCAGUGAGAUUGCGACUGGAAAAAUUGAUGCAUUCUCUCUUGUGUGGAACACGGUUAUUGCUGUAAUAAACUAAGUACGACUUUUUUAUUUUUAUUUUUUUUAGGUCUGUCCAAAAUUAAAGAUAGACAACUAUUGAAAGAUACUCAAACGCAACGCUUUUGUGGUAGCAGAUCGACGCCUAAGUACUUGGAGUUCAUGUUAGUUUUUGCUUUUUGGACGGCGACGUGGGACCCUCAGCAAUCGCCAGAAUUUGGGAAAUGCUCAAAUCAAAUGUAGAGUGAGUGAACAAGGAUGUGUAUCAUGACCAUGCGGUCGACUGACUGCCGUGCAAAUAUCAACACUUUGAUAAAUUAUGAACGGAACCGAACAAAGCAACAGAAGAAGGGGCACUGACCAGGGACAGCACAUCAUCCCGCGGAACUGUCGACUCGUCAGCCUCCUCUGCCUUCACUGUGUGCAAGGUGAACUUCUAAGAGAUUUAAUGACGACCCGUCACAUGAUUUGAUACUCUCCACUUCAGCGCUACUGGAAUCUACUCAAACAAGAAGCCAAUGACACUUGUUCUUCAAUUACUGCUCUUUCCGUAGCCUGGCUCCUUGGCUGCAGAAUCUUCUAUUGCAUGACAUCAUGCUUUAACUGGUGCCAAGUCGAAUGGAAGGAGGCGUUCAGAUGGCUGUUGAUUUGAUUGUUGGCCUGGGUGGUGGGGUUUUAACUUGUUGAGAUGGAGUUUUCCACAGCCAAUGGUUUUUGCAUAUUUCUAAGGAUUUGUUGGGUUUCCAAAGUCGCUCCAGCACUUGACGGGCUUUGCACAUGAUGUUGGGUAACACCAGGCAGACGCUAGGAUGCCCAUUACCCAAGAGAAUGCUGGGAGUCAUCUCCCUCUGCUGGAGUGCUGGCUCCACACCCAGGCAGAACAGGACCCCGAAAGGGAGGAGCAACACUUGUGCCAGGCUGCCAUCCAGAAGCUUGUGGAAUACAUUCACUUAAACUUUAGCGAUGGGGAGAGCGCUCUGCAGAGCUCCACCCAGGGGGAUGGGAUGGAACUCCAGGUCCGGGCUGUGUGUCUCUCCAAGUCGGCCGGGGACGGCAGUGAGUUCGGCCUCAGCUUUGGCAACAUCCCCAUCUUUGGGGAUCCUGACGGGAGGAAGAAAGGUGGGAGGAGGAGGAGGAGGAAGGGUGACAAGGGGCCUGUGCUGGACGUGGGGUGCAUCUGGGUGACGGAGGUGAAGAAACAAAGUCCUGCUGCCAGGUGUGGGGAGAUCAAGCUGCGAGAUGAGCUGCUUUCACUCAACGGGCAGCUGAUGAUUGGCGUUGACGUCACAGGAGCGAGUUACCUGGCUGACCAGUGCUGGAAUGGUGGAUUUAUCUACCUGAUCAUGCUGCGUCGUAUCAAACGCAAAGCUCCUCUUCCUCCUUGCAAUGGCGCUGGCGGUGGCGGUGAACACAGGGCAAGCAUCUCCUCGGAGCCGAGCGGGAGCCCUGCCCACAAUGGGAAGAGGACCCGGAAGUUCGGGGUCAUCUCCCGGUCCUCCUUCACCCGGGACAGCAAGGACAGUAGCAGGGACAGCCGAGACUCUGGGCACGAGAACGGAUACAGCAACUCCAUGGACGUGGAGGUCUCGCCAAGAGAGACUGUGCACCCCGCGGAGCAGCGCUCGGAGGGGAACACAAGCACUGAGCCACCGCUCCACAACGGGACUGUGACAAGUGGGAUCCCCAGAAGUCGGCUCUCGGACGGCGGGAAAACAGACUCCCUGAACAGCGAGCAUCCUGGUCCGCCCAGAGAAGGCAGUCGAAUAUGGAAGAUGCACAUGGUGAAGGGACAGGAUGGACUGGGGAUCCAGAUUACUGGAGGCCGUGGAUCUAAGAAGUCCCCUCAUGGCAUCAUCGUGACUCACGUGGAAGAAGGUGGAGCAGCUCAGAGGGAUGGAAGACUGAAGCCCAGUGAUGAGUUGCUGAUGAUCAAUGGCCAGUCUCUGGUUGGACUCUCUCAUCAGGAGGCUGUGGUGAUUCUCCGGUCUGCGGCAGGGCUUGUGCAGCUUAUUGUUGCCAGCAGGGAGGAGUCGCAGGUGGAUCUCCAGAAGUAUCCCUCGACCAGCCUGCCUGAUUUAGUGAGUACCUGCUCAUCCCAGGGCAACUCCCCAUCCCCCACGGAGAAUAAAGAGAAUGUGAAGCCGGGUGUGGAGGAUGUGACAGCCAGCUGCCUCUCUCUGCCCACUCAGGACUCGCUCACAGAAGCUGAUAAGCUUGAGGAUCGAGGAAGGACAGAGGGACCCAAGGGAUGCUGCCGCAGUCCAACGCCCAUGAAGUUCAGAAGCAGAUCUCAAGGGGGAGGGAGCCGCUUGGAGUCGGUUGGAGAGGACGACGAGCUCAUUGUAGAGAACGAGGAGGCCGGCUGCGACGUGUCAGAGAAACACUCCCGAGGGGGCCGCAAGCACUCCCUGCCACAGCAGCUCGACACAGUGGGCACCCGGCAGGAAUACCAAAUUGUGAAGAAAUCAGCACGCUCCCUAAGCACCGUUCAAGUGGAGUCUCCAUGGCGACUGGCCCAGCCGUCUAUUAUCUCCAAUAUAGUUCUGAUGAAGGGGCAAGGGAAGGGUCUUGGUUUCAGUAUUGUUGGUGGGCAGGAUUCAGCUCGUGGAAGGAUGGGGAUUUUCGUGAAGACAAUCUUUCCCAGCGGUGCAGCUGCUGCUGACGGGAGGCUCAAAGAAGGGGAUGAACUCUUAGAAGUGAACGGAGAGUCUCUGCAGGGCCUGACCCACCAGCAGGCCAUCCAGACCUUCAAGCAGCUGAAGAAGGGGGUGGUGACCCUGACUGUGCGGACUCGGCUGCGCAGUCCCAGCCUGACCCCCUGCCCGACCCCCACCCUGCUGAGCCGCUCCAGCUCCCCUAACUCCAACGCCAGCGGGGGGACCCCUGUGCCACCCUGCUCUGAGGAUGGAGAUGGCACCUGCCGCAAAGGCCCCGGACCCAAGGACCGCAUCGUCAUGGAGGUGACACUCAACAAAGAGCCUGGCGUGGGACUGGGAAUCGGGGCUUGCUGCCUGACGCUGGAGAACAGUUCUCCAGGGAUCUACACUCACAGCCUCGCUCCCGGCUCCGUGGCCAAGAUGGAUGGCAGGCUCAGUCGUGGAGACCAGAUUCUAGAAGUGGACUCGGUGAGCCUCAGGCAUGUUGCUCUGAGUGAAGCCUACGCCAUUCUCAGUGAGUGUGGACCGGGCCCAGUCAACCUGAUCAUCAGCAGACACCCCAACCCAAAGGUUUCAGAACAAGAGAUGGAUGAAGCGAUUGCACGCCCCACUCAUCGGGAAAGCCUGAGCAGAGACAGCCAUUCUUCCCAUGUGCUGGGACUGCCCUCCAAGAGUCCAUCUCCCACUGUGAAGCCCAAGCAAAGUGACGGGGCCUCCUCUCUCAGCUGGACAAUGAAACGCUUCCUCGAACCAGCUAGCAGGCAAGGGUCCCUAAGCUCAGAAGCGGAGCUCUCUCAAUACUUUUCACAUGUGCCCAGCCAGUCAUCUCUCUCGGAUACCAUGGUAACCGGCUCCAGUGAUGACGAAUUGCUCCGCAACAAGAGCUGCAACACCUCAUUGGACGACAGCUCAGCCCCGCCCCUUAACCCAGCCUUUAAAGAGCCAGCCUCUGCCAGAAUGGACGUGGCCUCUGCUUCUCCAGGCAGCAACGGGAAGAACCCUGUGAACAGGCAUGUGGAGGCGGCCCGGCAGGCCAGUCUAGUGGGGAGCCCCAAGUCCGUGCGCAGCCCCCUGCUGAGGCAGCGCAGGGUCAUCUGCUACGAGGACGAAGUCAGCGACGAGGAUGAGGACCUGGUGCAGGCGGAGAGCCCCGACGCUGCCGUGCGCUUCAGGAGGUCUCUGCGUGUGGGCGGGGUGGAAGAGGACUCUGCGAUUGUGAUAGAGGGAGGCGCCCACAGGAUACUGGAGCAGGACUCUGGGAUAGUGAUGGUCUGCUCCUCCGUGGAAGUGGAGGACGAGAGCCAGGACAGCGAGGCACCCGCUCCUCUCUACGGCAGCUCUGUGGAGUCGGAGGACGGCCUGGGGGCAGAGCAGCUGCAGGGAGGAGAGUCCCCCUCCACACCCGUCCGCUCCUUAGAUCACGACGCGGGCGGCAGCAACCUGGGUGUCAAGAAAGAGCAGCACCGCGAAGGCCAGCUGGAGUCCAAGCGCUCACCCAAGCUAGAGCACAAGGCAGUCACCCGAGUCAAAAGCAUGAUGAGCAUCGAGUGCCCAAACCUGCCCCAGCGGCAGAAGAACGAGGAGCACCACUGCCAAGCCGGAGGCAAACCGGUAGCCAGACCGCUGCCUCACAGCAAGAUACCCGAGGCUGCAGACCCCUCGGGGCCAGGCACUACAGAAAUGGUGCAUCUGGCAAGGAAGGAGUCGGAGUCCUUUGGCCUGGACUUGGAGAUCAAGGCUUCUCCUCUCAGGGUGUUGAUAGCGGCUUUACGGCCUGGUGGUGCCGCUGAUAGGGAAUCGAUGGGAAAGCUGAGUCCUGGAGAUGAGCUAGUAUCAAUAGGAGACACCCCAAUUAGUAGCAUGUCAUAUCAGGACGUGUGUAACCUCAUGCAGACCCUGCCAGCCUCUCUCUCGUUAGAAGUAAAGAAGCCAGUAUCUGCUGUAGACAGACUCUCCAGCCUCAUGAUGUCAUCGAGUCCUGAUGGAGCAUCCCACCCAGAUGCCAACAAGAGCUUGGUUACUCAGAAAGGCCCUGUGGAAAUCCCAGAGGAUGCACCUGCAAAUAAAGAGGAUUUGCAGUCUGGAUUAGUGCUGCCACCUGCAGAUGAGCCCUCACAAUUACAAGCACUUUCAAUGGACUGCAGUAGAAGUGAUAUUCCUGUCACCAAUAUUGAUGACUUUAUAAGUGAACUAAACUCUACAGAGGAAACAAUACACUUAAAUAAAGAUCAAAGUGCAAGCGAGGUCGAUGCUCCUUUGGACAAUAGGAUAACACAGGAGAACAACAGCAAGUCUGGUUCCACUGGACCUCAGCAGAAUAGACUGGAUUUCUCAGUUCUGGAUGCUGGGAACACUGGCAAGUUCUUCACUGUCAGUAAGACAUUUUUAAAUAGCUACUCCAGGAACUUCAGCAGUCUGAAUGAAGAAGAGCUUUUCAAUUCAAAGGGUGCUGAUGAGUGCAUGGACACAGGGCCACUGAAAUCUAUGUACUGUACAGUAGAUGAGAGUGACUCAGAAACAGACUCUGCUGCUGACCCCAGUCCCCAGGUCAUGAGAGCUGUAAAGUGCCAUACUAAUAACCAGCAUGGGGAAGUGCAGAUUACAGACUCAGACGAGGAGCAGGUUGAGAUUUGUUACGAUUCAACACACGACUCCAGCACACAGUGCCACUCAGACAAAAACAAUGUUCAGGGCAGACCUUUCUCACUUUGCCAUGAAAUCCCAGACAGGGCCAAUGUAAAGCAGGUUCAUUCCUUUGCAGCUGGCCGAGAAGAACUUCCGUUUACGCUACAGCAGAGGUCUACUUCAAAGCCAGCCUCACCACCAACUAAAUUUAAGCCUACAGGUGCCUUUUGCCCUUCAGAUAAAAAAGACAUAGCUGGUGGGUUUUCCAGAGACAAUGUAUCAGUUAGCAGUGAUGGAUUCUCCUCACAAGACUGCAGUAAAGAGGUGGUCACAGUUUCCUGUGACAAGGAGGUUGGACCUGACAAAGCACAGCCAACUUCACCAAGGCAAGGUGAGGUCGUACAUUCUGCCUUAAUGCAUACAGACUCUCGUUUACCUCCCAGAACUCACAGUGAGCUGUGUAGGUCAUCUUCAGAUGCCUUACUGACAUCAAACAAAAGUAGCAAUUCACAUCUGUUCUCCCAGGGAAGUGAACCUAGGUGCUCCCCUCUUAGUAAUUCCACACUGGGGGGGAAAACAUUGACAUCACUGACCCUUAAAGACAGAGAUCAGGUUAAAGUGAAUCCUUCCCUUGGUUCAAAGUCAUCCGUUUCACACAUACAAAACAAUUCCUGUCAGUUUCCUUGGGCCUCGGGUUUGAAAACCCAAUGGGAGAGCGCAAGUGCAGCACACACGAGCAGAAUAAAACUCCAAGAUAAAAUACAGAGAUCGAGCACAGCACCCAGACUGAAGGGACUCAGUAUUAAAAGUAAAAACAAGGCACCAGAGGGGUCUGUGACCACAAAGUCCACAAAGGCUGAAGUGGCUUCUCAGAAGAAAAUGUCAGUGUCCCCGCUGCAGUCACCAAAACUUCAGCCCAAGAAAGUAUCUUUAACAUAUAACCUGAAAACAAGCAAGCAGCUUGAAAAAAACUCAACAGGUUUGCCAAAACCAAGUGGGCAGAAGAAAGACUACAGACCACCUGAGCUUGAGAGAAAGGGCGUGGAAGAUCAUCCCAGUUCAAAUCCUGCAGCAAGUGACUCAGCGGCACAACAAUGUGAAUCGUUAGCAGGAGAAACACAGCUUACACAUGCAGCACCAUACUCUCAGGUGACUUCAUCUGACAAAGAACAACCAGAAACAGUGACGACCCAGAGGAGCUUCAUUGAAGUAAGGCUGUCUUCCUCAUCUUCACCAUCAUCAUUAGCAUCAACACCAAUUCUUGAACGCAGGGAGACUUCAGAAACAAAUGCAGUCCCUGCAGUUGGAGAUGCAUCUACCAAAGCACUGAAAGACUUGGACGCAACAAGGAUUUUUCAUAAAGCGGCAGGAAGGAGCGAGUCUCUACAUGAAGAACAAUGCAGUAGGGCUGAAGCAGUAGGGUCCAGUCUUCUCAAUGAUCAAACGAGUCAGCUUGAUAAGCAAGACCCUUGUGCUUUUACAGAGGCUGCAGUGGAGGCAGAACCUUGCCACAGUUCAUCCAGCAGCAGUACGUUCAUCAAACAAGAUGAUGAUGUUUUCAAGAGCUCAACAACAAUGGAAGGCGAGGAACAAAACAAGUCCAACAGACCCAAACCGGAGGGCUUGAAAACAGAGAGACGGAGUUACUCCAUCGAAUCCAGCCUCCCUCUGGAUCACAACUCCUUCUCAGUCAGGCAGCGGAUAAAGUCUUUCGAGAACCUGGCCAGUUUCGACAAGCCGGUAAUCCGAGCCAUCGAAAUCCAGUCAUUCGCUGUCACUUCUAAACCUCCAGUGGGAAGGAGAUCAUCGGGCAGCGUGACAGCUUCAGCAGCAGGUGCCCACUUUAUGGACGGUUCCCGGUCCUUAAGAAGGAGUCUGAGCUCAUGUGCUGAUAGCUCCAGUGAGGCUCCAGUGACGUCCCCUCAUCUCAAGAAGUCUCCAUCCACUAUGGCUCUGAUAGGGUUUGAAUCCAACCCUGUUGAGAAUAUAAGAGAGUCCCAUACUGAAGAGAAAGCUUUGGGUGUUGCCUCAGUGAGCGAGCAAGACCCUGUAUCCCAAACUCCACCUGUAUCCCGUAACAGGAACCCGAGGGGUCAUUCAUCCCUGUCUCGUUCCAGGCUUAGGGAACUGAGGGCACUAAGCAUGCCUGACCUGGACAAGCUGUGCACUGAGGACUUUGCAAGUGAAGCUAACACUGUCACUUUCAAAACUGAGCUGGAAAUCAGACCUAGGAGGUCCAAGGGGGCCCAGGCAGAGAAGCUUACCAAGCUGAACAGGAGCGUGAAUUCCGGCUCAGUGUCUGACGAGGAGAGGGACAAUGACAAGAAGUUAUUACACAACAGCUGGUCAAUCAGUUUAAGUGAAUUAUCAGUCUCCACCCUUGACCAGAACAAGCUGCAGGACGUUUUGACCUCCCUGAUGUGUAAAACAGAUGUGGGGACCUUAAUGCAGCAAGCCAAGGCUCUUACAGAGGGUAAAGAAGAGGUUUACUUCGUAGUCUUGACCAAAGAAGAAGGCUCAGGUCUGGGCUUCGGCAUUGCAGGAGGAGUGGACUUGGAGCAGAAAUGUGUGACAGUGCACCGUGUUUUCUCUAGAGGUAUAGCAGGUCUGGAAGGUACCAUUCAGCGGGGGGACAACAUUAUCUCAAUCAGUGGAACCCCUCUGGGAGGAUACUCCCAUGGAGAUGCCCUUUCUGUGCUGCAUCAGGCCCGUCUGCCUAAACAAGCCCUGGUGGUUAUCAGAAGAGGAAAGGAGUCUGAGCCAUUGUCUCCCAGACAGGAAGUGCCUGCUUCCGGAGGAAGGCAGUCCCAAUCUACAAGAGACGUUACCAUGGAAACAGGGACAGGUCCAGCUGUGGACUUGGGUGAUGCCAUCAGUGUAGAGCUACAGAAGACCUCUGCUGGCCUGGGCUUCAGUCUCGAUGGAGGAAAGGCUUCAGUCCACGGGGACAGGCCUCUGUAUAUUAAACGCAUAUUCAAAGGUGGUGCUGCCGAGCUGUCCAGGGUGAUCGAGGUUGCAGAUGAAGUGCUGGCCAUCAAUGGAAGGUCUCUGCAGGGACUCAUGCACUACGAUGCCUGGAACAUUAUCAAGGCGGUCUCGGAGGGGCCAGUCCAGUUAAUUAUAAGAAAACAUCAAACUUCUGUAUGACCAUGAACCCCUGCCUACUCUGUAUAUAAUAGAUGGAAAUGGAACUUGAUCACUGUGGUGCCAAAAAAAGCAUGGGUGGCAGGCCACUGUAUUGUGUAAAUAAGAGGAGGUGGUCUUUUCACUUUUCUACCUAAACAGAUUUGUUACUGUGUAUAUAAAUCUAUUCCUAUUUGUGUAUAUAUCUGAGGCAUUAGCACUGCUGUCAAGCCCCACAGAGCUGGAGUGUUGUCAUGGUCUGUCACCUGAUCAGAGGGGCGGAGCCGUGAUCCUUCUGUUCAUGUACAUAAUCCUGCUUUUGCAUUGCGUCCCAUAUUUAUUUAUUCACAUCGCUGAUGAGGGUAAAACCGGAGGGCUGGUGGCUACACAGGCUGGAGGGUUUCUUGUGCAUGUUUUUUUGUGAAUUUCGUUUUUCAGAAAGGAGGGACAGUGCCGCUGGUUGUGGUCAGGCAUGGUCCAGCGGACAUCCCUUCACAGCUGUGCCAACUGAUCUCAAUCCUGCUCAACACCCCCUGCCUGCUCCUCUCUGCCAGUCUGUGAGCCACGUGAGAGGAUUUAACAUACUGCACAGGAAUUCGAUUUGGUUUUUGUUUGCUUUUAUUUAUAGUUAAGUCUGGGGUAUCUGUGAUAAAUAAAGAGGACUCUAGGUGGUGUAGAAAUCUCGUCUUUUGAAAGGUGAUGGGAUGUCUCUUAUUCGAUCUCCUGCUUGAGUUCUUUACAUUUGACCAAGUAGAAAGGAGUGUGGUGUUUGAAUUUGACAGUUGUCCAUGUUUUAACUGUGCAGGACAACAACCCUUUGAUUUAGUCUCUAUACAAUUUUAAUUAAUUCUCAAAUAACUUUUCCACUAAUCCUUUGUGCAGCAUUACAAAUUAAAACAAGCAUUCCAUCUCGGAUGCUGUUUGUCAAGGCGAUGUCAUUUGCAAUGAAAUGUAUACUGUGGUAUAUAUGGUAUUCCAAUGGACAUAUUAUAAAGCAGAGACAGGCCUUUACUACUUAAAAUGACAUUCUGCAGCAGAUUUGGAUGGAAAGGUGAUUUGACAUCCUUGUUGUAAAAGCUACAUGCUAGUUGGAAAUAUUCAACAGGACUGCCCUUAUUACAUCCCCAUUAUUGUUUACAGCACUGCAGUGAAAAAGCACGCAUGUGUUAUCUGUUGUGUACAGGUGUGGGGCUGUUACAAGAGAACACAUCCUAAAAGCACAACAAUCCUGUACAUUGCAAUAAAUGUACUCCUCUGUCUGAUGUGACUUUCUGUAUGAAGACUCAAGUGUAAAAGAGGUAGACACUCUGAGUAAAUGAUACUGUUAUUAGUAGUCGUGCUUGGGUUAGCUUGCCAUCCCUCUCCCACUAUGCCCCAACCAUACAACUUCUGUAUGACAACGAAUCCCUGGCUAUUUUGUAUGGUCAAGUGCCGUCGUUGAGUUGAGCUUACUUGCAAAACAGCACUACAGUAUUAGUAUGUAUGAAUUUCUUCAAGAAUGUCUUGCCCAUUCCUGGUGUUAAAUGCACACAGCUUAACAUGGACAUUUUCAGAACUUUUAUACUUGAUCUUUCCAAUGGGGACCAGUAUGAUACACUAUUUAAAACACCACAGCCCAGUGUUUUAGAGACUUCUAUUGAACCUUUCUGAUGCAACGAUUGCUGAGGUUGGGUGGUUAAGUACGUCUGUGUCAGGGCAUCCAGCUUUUACACCUAGAUUAGUUUUAUUCAUUGUUAACCUGAAAAUGUGUAUUAUUUUUAUAUGAAUAUUAUGAAUAUUUAAUGUAAAUUGCAAGAAUAAUUUGAGUAUGAAAUUGUUUUAAAAAAAAAAAAGAAGAUAUUUAACAAAUUGUGUCUGGCAUCUUGUUUUUGUUUUAUAGUUAUUAUGUUUGAAUCAAAAUAAGUAUUGCAAGUAUUUUGAUUACACAUCAAACACACAAUGAUAGAUUAGAGAACAGUUCUACAGUAGUGUGCACAUUUAUUACAACACCCCACUGCUUCUGUUGUUUUGAUAAGAAACCAAACCGCUGGAACUGAAAAUCUUGGGAAAUUGUCAGUAUCGGCAAAUGAGUGAUUGUCUAAUUUAGUUCAUGACUUUAAUAGACCACACAUGCAAUUCAUUUACAAUAGUAAGAGAAAAGGAACACGCAGCCACACAUGGUCAAAUGCAUGAGACUUUUUAGAAGUUGUUUAAGAUGCUGAAUUAAAGCACAAAGCAGUCUUAACAUUUUCACACACGAGUGCCUAUUGUUUCUAUAUCACUGAUUACUGAGUGGAAAUUUAAAUUCUCCCACCCAGAGGUUUUCAUGCAGGCAGGUAUAUAAAGGAUGUAAAUGACAACUCCUGAGGUGUUCUAAUACAUUUGCACACUGCUGUAUCUCAAAAGAUAUCUAAACAAAUGCUCCACUAAUGAUUAGCAUUCUGUGUAAUCCACAGUCAGGCAUGUUCAAAUGCUUCCUCAUUGAAAGGCUUUGUAGAGAACUAGAAAAGAGAAAGCUAAUCUAUUCUGUGCAUCUUGAUAUGCAUGGAGCUUAGAACUGUCAGCCAUGGUGUGCUUUUAUCCCAAACUAUGAUGUCAUACUUGAUAGUCUCCUUAGUUCCUUCCCAGUUUGUAUAGUACAGUUUGUAUACUAAUACUAAUAUUGUAUUGUACAGUUUGUAUACUAAUAUUAUGUUUUGAUUAACAGUAUUGUCAAUAAUAAAAAUGCAUGUCCUGGAAAUAAUUACAAACAUUAAAAUCAUGUUAAAUUAUACAUUUUUUAUUUAUUUUUUAGAUUAAGUUAGUAUGUAAAGAUUUAAACAUGGGCUUUAAAGUAACGCAAGCUCGACAAUUUUGAUAAAAAGGUAUUUGAAAACUAUUUAGGAAAGUGGAUAAUGACGCAGCCUGUUGUAUUAUGAGUGUCUGUAAUAAAAAAGAAGGUAAGCUCUCAGUGCAAUUAAAAACAAAGGGGGAUUCUGACUAAUUUGAUGAGGUUUGUCUAUCCUGCUCUUUAAAGAAGGGAUCGCAUUUGAAUCAGAUGCUCCAUGAAUUAGGUUGGUGUUGUAAGUCUGUGGGGUGCUGCACAGUCUGUUCUGCAUUCUCACUCAGUUAAAGAGAGCACACAGUGGAUUUGGGGGUCAUGUGCUAUAGUAGUGGAUCAGCUGUUGUAGCUUUUGACAGUCACAAAAAUGCCUUGAGCACCAC